AGGGCCAUCUUUUCUCCUCUCUUUAAAAGACGCGCACCGCUCGGACUAAAAACAAAGCUCUUCCCUUUAAAGUUUAGAGCCUUUUUCUUUUUCUUCUCUCUCUCUCUCUCACUUUCUCUCUUUUCCAAGUUGCCAAUUCGAGGCCAUUUUGCAGGACUGGAACUGAAUAAAGAGGAAUUGACAGAGUGCGACUUGAUUGGCGUGGAUGAAAUGAAAAUCCCACUAACAGAAAGUGAAGCUUAGAGAAAGAGCCAAAAAAGGAAAUCAAAGAAAGAGAAAAAAAAAAAAAAAAAAAAAGUUCAAAUUUUUCUUCUUUUCAUUUCAUUUACUCGGUAGUAAUGAUGGCUAUUGCUCAUGGGAAUUAGCAAAGCAAUUCAUGCCAAUUCUGCAACGAGACAACCAAGAGCACAUAGAGACGACUUGGUUUUGCUGUAAAAAUGGCAGGGCGUUCUCACGUCUCUGCUCUUGAUCACAUGGCUUGCAUGCGGGCUGUUAUGAUUGGAGUUUAGUCUUUUCUAGUUCUAAGAAAACAACACUUCCUGAGAAGAAAACCCUUUAUUGUUUUGCUAUUUUCUUUAAUGUCCACAGUCAUGGAAGCCACGGAGAUUUAGCCCAAACCCAACAAAAAAAAAAUCUUAGAUUCAAAAUACACAAAUCCCUUUUUUCCCCACUCUUGAUUUUAACACCUCACUCAUAACAAUCCAUAGCGAUUUCUGAGUAACAUCCCCUCCUAUAUUUAUUUACGGCCUUGAAGUAUUUUACACCAAGAGUCUAUUAUGCUAAGGAAUAGAUCUAGAGCAGUGACCAGCAAGCAAGCUUUAAUGGCUGAUCACAGCUCUCAACCUUCUCACACCCAAAACUACAACAACAAAAGAACUCCAAUAUCUUUCUUUGUUUCCCCAAGGUUCAAGGCUUUUACCAAAAAGGGUUUCUCUGAGAAUGAUGAUUUAGUGAGCCCAACUUCAGUUCUAGACACCAAGACUUUCUUUUCUCUCACAAGCCCAUUUUCACACACAAAGAAACAAGCCAUGUCCCCCAAAGUUUUCCCGGGAAACAAACGCCCUUGGGACAAAUCCCCAGGGAGUACCAAAGGCAUAGGUCUUGUUCUAAUUGACCCAUUUGAUGAUCAGAAAAAUAACAUUAAUGGAAAGAAAUUUUCCAAGCCUUGUAACAGGAAAGUUGUGUUGGGAAAUAAGCUGAGAGUUCAAAUCCCAACUUUGUCAAGCGAUCAAUAUGACCAUGAUCAGUCUCCAAAAUCCCCAGCUGAGUUCGGAAUCAAGACAAGGAAUUCCCACAUAUCCGCAUGCGGGUCAGCCAAUUCCUGUGGCCAAACAAAGGAUAUUUCUCCAAGAUCAAUCACGGGGUGGAUUUCUGUCAGCGACGUUGAGCAUUCCGAGGACUACACUUGCGUCAUCUCUCACGGACCAGUUCCAAGGACAACUCACAUAUUUGACAAUUGCAUUGUGGAGAGUUACUGUUGUUUAUCCGAUGAUCAUGAUCAUAAUAGUGUUUAUAUUAACAAACCCAAAUCUUGCUCCAAGAAUUUCCUCAGCUUCUGUCACACUUGCAACAAGAAUCUUGAGCAGAAGAUUGAUAUUUACAUUUACAGAGGUGAGAAGGCGUUUUGUAGCCGUGAAUGUCGUUACCAAGAAAUGCUCUUGGAUGAGGUGGGAAAUGCAGAGUUCUGAAGAGUACUAUAAUACACCAUGGUGCUUCAAAUUCUUGCUCAAUGAGAUCACUUCAUGAUGAUAAUUGAUUUUAGGGAAUAAAAGCUGUUUAGAUUAGUAUUUUUUAUCUUUUUUUUUUUGUUGUCGUCCCUUUUUUGAAAAGUUUUGCUCUAGCUCGUCUUUUGCCUCUUAGCUAGUUAUGAUUAGUUACCCUCUCCACUUGCAGAUAGAGAUAAAGAGAGGAUGAGAUGCUGUAGAGUUUGUUUUGUUUUGUUUGUUCAAAGUUAAAUAACUUGAUUUCUUCUGGA